CUGGCCAUGGGCGACGCGCGGUCGGAGGUGCCGCUGGCCGUGCUCCAGGACCGCCCGGCCUCGACGGCGACGUCGCCGGUGCCGACACCGCAGCCUGCGGAGCCUGGCACCGACACCGGACAGCAAGAGGUGUAACCCCGGCGCUGCGGCGCAGGCUGCAUGCCCGUCUCUGCAGCGACAGGUGUCCCCGGGCGCCACCCUGGAGCCUGAACGCCGCCGCCGCUUCGCCCAAUGAAUUCGUUUCAGACGAGCAAUUGAAGCAGAGUCCUUGUCUCGGGGUGCUUGUACACUUGUGUAGCCUCCCGCUCGAUUACGACUUCGACUAGUCUGAGACACAGGAUACAUCUCCAAUUGCAAUGUUUCAAGUCCAGAAGCGUAGAACGCGAGAAUGUCGUAUGAGAAGAGACAUUGCAAGGCCAAACUGAACAGCUGGUGUUUCUGGCGGUGACGGUGAAUCUCUGUCUCCAUUUUCCAAUCUGCUACAUGUGUUCGUGAUCAUACGUGAAGCUUCCCCAGAACACUGCACCGGCAGCAAGUAGUGCUCCAAUGGGCGAAUGCAGCACGGAGUACAGGGGCCUCCCCGACGGCAAUGGCGCCGUUGCUGACGGCGUGGCGUCGGUGCCGGAGACGCUCCGCAAGGUCUCCAUCGUCCCGCUGGUCUUCCUCAUCUUCUACGAGGUCUCCGGCGGGCCGUUCGGCAUCGAGGACAGCGUGGGCGCGGCAGGCCCGCUCCUCGCCAUCGCCGGCUUCCUGGUCCUCCCCGUCAUCUGGAGCAUCCCGGAGGCGCUCAUCACGGCGGAGCUCGGCACCAUGUUCCCGGAGAACGGCGGGUACGUCGUGUGGGUCGCCUCCGCGCUCGGCCCCUACUGGGGGUUCCAGCAGGGGUGGAUGAAGUGGCUGAGCGGCGUCAUCGACAACGCGCUCUACCCCGUCCUCUUCCUCGACUACCUCAAGUCCGCCGUGCCGGCGCUGGGCGGCGGCCCGCCGCGGGCGUUCGCGGUCCUGGGACUGACGGCGGUGCUGACGCUGCUGAACUACCGGGGGCUCACCGUCGUCGGCUGGGUCGCCAUCUGCCUCGGGGUGUUCUCCGUCCUGCCGUUCUUCGUCAUGGGGCUCAUCUCUCUCCCCAAGAUUCGGCCGGCGAGGUGGCUGGUCGUCGACCUCCACGACGUGGACUGGAACCUGUACCUCAACACGCUGUUCUGGAACCUCAACUACUGGGACUCGAUCAGCACGCUGUCCGGCGAGGUGGAGAACCCCGGCAAGACGCUGCCCAAGGCGCUCUUCUACGCGGUGAUCUUCGUGGUCGUGGGCUACCUGUACCCGCUCCUCGCCGGCACCGGCGCCGUGCCGCUGGACCGGUCGCAGUGGAGCGACGGCUACUUCGCCGACCUCGCGAAGCUCCUCGGCGGCGCGUGGCUGAUGUGGUGGGUGCAGGCGGCGGCGGCGCUGUCGAACAUGGGCAUGUUCGUCGCCGAGAUGAGCAGCGACUCGUACCAGCUGCUGGGGAUGGCGGAGCGGGGCAUGCUGCCGGCCUUCUUCGCGCGGCGGUCGCGGCACGGAACGCCGCUGGUGGGCAUCCUCUUCUCGGCCUCCGGCGUGCUGCUGCUCUCCUCCAUGAGCUUCCAGGAGAUUGUGGCCGCCGAGAACUUCCUCUACUGCUUCGGCAUGCUGCUCGAGUUCGUCGCCUUCGUGCUGCUGCGCGUGCGCCGGCCCGGCGCGCCGCGGCCGUACCGCGUCCCGCUCGGGACCGCCGGGUGCGUGGCGAUGCUGGUGCCGCCCACGGCGCUGAUCGUGGUGGUACUCGCGCUGUCGACGCUCAAGGUGGCGCUGGUGAGCCUCGGCGCCGUGGCCGUCGGGCUCGUGCUGCAGCCGCUGCUGAGGCUCGUGGAGAAGAAGGGGUGGCUCAGGUUCGCCGUGAACUCGGACCUCCCGGACAUCGGCGUGGGGCGCGCACCCGACGCGGCGGACGAGCCGCUGGCGCCGUAGCCCGUAGGGUGGGCUGCGUCAAAGGGCCAAACCGAGCUAGUUUUGGGCUUCGCUCACAUGGCGCGGCAAGAGAUUUGAGUGGGCUUGGAGGCCGGGGUGGGCUCGGAUAUCAAAAGGUAGCUCGUGGAGGUUCGCAUUCCCUUAUUUUACGCGACUUUGAUUUAAGUCGCGUAACACGCUGGAGGCUUGUUGUUUUGGCUUUUGCUCGCCUAGGAUGAAGCAUAGCGUUCUGGUAGUUCUGGUAGUUUUAACAACCAUUGUGUCGGUGUCAAACGAAUUUGACACCGAACGAUCCGUGUUUCGGUGGGAAUAAUACUCGUAUUUGGAAAAACAGGUCUCUGUUUA